AGCCAGAGCCACAGUUGGGCAUGCUAAUCCUUAGCAAUAUUACUUCUGACAGCUUCAACGUGUCCUGGGCAGCUCAAGCUGGGUUUUUUGCAAAGAUUGUUAUCAAUGUCAGCCAUGCUCACUCCCUGCAUGAAUCCCAGCUGUUCACAGUCCCAGGAGACACAGAGCAAGCUCACAUCACAGGCUUGGUGGAGGACACGGGCUAUGAUGUUAGUGUGGCAGGGACCACCUGGGCUGGCAACCCCACAAGACCCCUCACGGCCUUUGUCAUUACAGAGGCCUUGCCCCUCCUGGAAAACCUAACCAUUUCCGACAUUAAUCCCUACGGGUUCACAGUGGCCUGGAUGGCAUCGGAGAAUGCCUUUGACAGCUUUCUAGUAACGGUGGUGGAUUCUGGGAAGCUGCUGGACCCCCAGGAAUUCACACUUUCAGGAACCCAGAGGAAGCUGGAGCUUAGAGGCCUCAUAACUGGCAUUGGCUAUGAGGUUACAGUCUCUGGCUUCACCCAAGGGCACCAAACCAAGCCCUUGAGGGCUGAAAUUAUUACAGAAGCUGAACCAGAAGUUGACAACCUUCUAGUUUCAGAUGCCACCCCAGACGGUUUCCGUCUAUCCUGGACAGCUGAUGAAGGGAUGUUCGACAGUUUUGUUCUCAGAAUCAGAGAUACCAAAAGGCAAUCUGAACCACAGGAAAUAAUCCUCUCUUCCCCUGAACGUACCAGGGACAUAACAGGUCUCAGAGAGGCCACUGAGUAUGAACUUGAACUCUAUGGAAUAAGCAAUGGAAAACGAUCCCAGCCAGUCAGUGCCAUAGCAACCACAGCCAUGGGCUCGCCAAAGGAAAUCAUGUUCUCAGACAUCACUGAAAACUCGGCCACCGUCAGCUGGAGGGCACCAACUGCUCAGGUGGAAAGCUUCCGGAUUACCUAUGUGCCCAUGACAGGAGGUGCACCCUCCAUGGUGAUGGUGGAUGGAACCAAGACUGAGACCCAACUGGUGAAGCUCACACCUGGGAUGGAGUACCAUGUCAGUGUCAUCGCCAUGAAGGGCUUCGAGGAAAGCGACCCUGUGUCAGGGUCACUCACCACAGCUCUGGAUGGCCCAUCCAGCCUGGUGAUAGCCAACAUCACUGACUCAGAAGCUUUGGCAAUGUGGCAGCCAGCUAUUGCUGCCGUGGACAACUAUGUCAUCUCCUACACAGGGGAGAGAGUGCCAGAAAUUACACGCACGGUGUCCGGGAACACAGUGGAAUAUGCACUGGCUGACCUUGAGCCUGCCACAGAAUACACACUGAGAAUCUUUGCGGAGAAAGGCCCCCAGAAGAGCUCUACCAUCACUACUAAGUUCACAACAGACCUUGAUUCUCCAAGAGACUUGACUGCUACUGAGGUUCAGUCAGAAACUGCUCUCCUCACUUGGCGUCCUCCCCGGGCAUCGGUCACCGGCUACCUACUGGUCUAUGAAUCUGUGGAUGGUAAAAUCAAGGAAGUCAUUGUAGGGCCAGACACCACCUCCUACAGCCUAACAGACCUGAGCCCAUCCACCCACUACACAGCCAAGAUCCAGGCACUGAGUGGGUCCCUGAGGAGCAAAAUGAUCCAGACCAUCUUCACUACAAUUGGACUCCUCUACCCAUUUCCCAGGGACUGCUCCCAAGCAAUGCUGAAUGGAGACACGACCUCUGGUCUCUACACCAUUUACCUGAAUGGUGAUAAGGCCCAGGCACUGCAAGUCUUCUGUGACAUGACCUCUGAUGGGGGUGGAUGGAUUGUGUUCCUGAGACGCAAAAAUGGACGGGAAGACUUCUAUCGAAACUGGAAAGCCUAUGCUGCUGGAUUUGGGGACCAAAGAGAAGAAUUCUGGCUUGGGCUGGAUAACCUGAGCAAAAUCACAGCCCAAGGACAGUAUGAGCUCCGUGUAGACCUGGAAGACCACGGGGAGACAGCCUUUGCUGUCUAUGACAAGUUCAGCGUGGGAGAUGCCAAGACUCGCUACAGGCUGAAGGUGGAGGGGUACAGUGGGACAGCAGGUGACUCCAUGGCCUACCAUAAUGGCAGAUCCUUCUCUACCUUUGACAAGGACACAGACUCAGCCAUCACCAACUGUGCCCUGUCCUACAAAGGGGCUUUCUGGUACAAGAACUGUCACCGUGUCAACCUGAUGGGGAGAUAUGGGGACAAUAACCACAGUCAGGGUGUUAACUGGUUCCACUGGAAGGGCCACGAAUAUUCAAUCCAGUUUGCUGAGAUGAAGUUGAGACCUAGCAAUUUCCGAAAUCUCGAAGGCAGGCGCAAACGGGCAUAAAUUCCAGGAACAUCUGGGUGAGAGAUGAGUAGGGCCCAGAGAAAGGAACGAAUUUUACCAAAGCAUCAGUACAACCAGUACAACCAUCAGGCCACACCUGGACAUUUGGCAAGGGCCGAAGCUGACCAUGGAUCAGCAAGACACUGGCAUCAGCCACUCUGCGGUUACUUCCUUCACACCAAAGACACCAGUCUACAGCAGGUUUCUAUUUUGUUGUUCGAUUCAGCAAAAAUCUUCCAGUGACAACAAUACAGUGUUUUUUAACUUCUCUUGGGUGGCUCUGGGAAAUGGAGAGGGGUAGGCUAUACAGUGGUAGUUUGUUUUAGAAUCAGCUGUAUUUUACACAAAGCUGUAUAAUUAAUUGUCAUUAUUUUUGGUAGCAAAGACAAAAUAUGUGUCAUUGGAAGUUGCCCCAACCCCACUUUUUUUUUUUACAUUUCAUACAACUGAAACCAGAAAAACAAUAUUGUUUCCAUUUCAAGGAAGUGAUUAAUAUUAUUAAUAUAAUAAUAAUGAUGAUGAUGAAAACUAAGGAUUUUUAAAGAGAUGUUUCUUUCCCAAACACAUCUGGACAGUACCUGAUUGUAUUUUUUUUUAAUAAAAGCACAAGUACUUUUGAGUUUG